AUGCGGAGUACAGCAGCUGUUCAUGCAGGGCAGCUGAGAGCUCACAUCCUUCAUAGGCGUGCAGACGCGUGUUACCUGAAGAAGAGAGGGGUGAAUGCGACAAGCCUUUGAUUGAUCGACGUAGGUUCCAUUGAACCGGGCAAAGUAUUAAAUCACUGGAGGAAAUGCAAAUUGCUCCGUGAUACACAUUGCGAUAAUCGAAUCCAGACACAUUGUCUUAAGCCAACAACAAUAAAAUGCCAGGAACAACGAACGGCGCAAAUGGCCAAUCCGGCUCAGCGCUUUGCAACAUCGAUGACUUCCUCUCGCAAGAGUUCGAUUACUGCGUCGUAGGAGGCGGGACGGCUGGCCUUUGCGUAGCCGCAAGACUUUCGGAGAACCCUGACGUCAAAGUCGGAGUGAUUGAAGCUGGCAAAGACUUGAUGGACGAUCCACAGGUGUACACUCCAGGUCUUUAUCCUACUAUGAUCGGACGAGAAAAGUACGAUUGGUGCUUCCAGUCAGAGCCAGUGCCAACAGCUGGAAACAAGACAUACUCCAUGCCUCGCGGCAGGUUGCUUGGCGGGUCUUCUGGAAUCAAUUAUCUUAUGUAUGUUCGCGGAAGCCGAAAAGAUUACGAUGGAUGGGCAUCGCUGGGCAACAAGGGCUGGGGAUGGGAUGACAUGGUUCCAUAUUUCAAGAAGCACCAGACUCUAGACCCAAGCGAGAAAGACCCGCCUAGUGCUCAGUUUAUGCCCGCGGCAGCUAAGGAGAAGUAUCAUGGUAGCGAUGGUCCCAUUCACACUUCUUUCAACGACUACUACGAGCCUUUCGAGUACGACUUCUGCGAGGCGGCAUACGAAGUCGGCGGUAAUGACCGAACUUUGCACGAUGCUUGGUCGGGAGACCACUACGGCUUCUACUCCAGCUUGGCCGCAGUGAACAGAACCGAUGAUCCAGGAAGAAGAAGCUAUGCAGCGACUGGUUACCUCCGCCCAAACCUCAAUCGACCUAAUCUCAAAGUCCUCACAGAGGCUCUGGCCACCAAGGUCCUUCUCGAAGGAGAUAGGGCUGUCGGCGUGGAGUUCAGUCAUGAAGGGAAGCUGUCUCAAGUCAAAGUGUCGAAGGAAGUUGUCCUCUCCGGUGGCGUGAUCAACAGCCCUCAGCUUCUCGAACUGUCCGGUAUUGGUGACCCAAAGGUACUCGCCGCUGCUGGAGUAGAGUGCAAGAUCAAGAACGAGAAUGUCGGAAAGCACUUCGAAGAUCAUGUUCUAGGAGGAAUGGUGUAUGAUCUCAAACCAGGUAUCAACUCACUCGAUGCUAUGCAUGGAGAAGAAUAUUCAGCGGCCAUGCAAGAAAUGUAUCGUAAGACGAAUAAUGGCCCACUUGGUUCACCAGGAAUGCUGAUGGGCUUCGUGUCGUACGCUUCAUUGGUGGACAAGAAAACUCUGGACGAGACAAUCAGCGAGAUCAGGAAGAACUCUCUGGCCAAGACAGACUGGGAGAAGAGGCAAGAAGACGUCAUUGUCAAGCAACUCUCUGAUCCGACUUUUGCGAAUAUUCAGACGUUCUGUAUUGGCUGCCAGCUAGACGUCAGUCGUGGUGACGAUCAAACUGGAUUCUUCGCUCCUCCACCCAAAGGCAAGCAACGUGUCUCGAUGCUCGUUUGCCUCGAACAUCCUUUGUCGCGCGGCACCGUUCACAUCACCUCCUCUGACCCCACCGCCCACCCACGCAUCGACCCAGGCUACUUCCGCAACCCAGCUGACGCCAAAAUCCUCGCCGAAGGCAUCAAAUGGAUGGACAAAGUCGUCCAGCAACCUGUCCUCGCCAAAUCCCUUGGCGACAGAGUCUUGCCGCCGAAAGAUAUGGACAUCUCAAGCCAAGAGGCGAGGGAAGAAUACGUAAGGAACAACAUAUCGACACAGUAUCACUUGAUUGGAACGUGCUCGAUGGGACAGGUUGUGGAUGAUACGUUGAAGGUCAUGGGCGUGAAGGGGUUGAGAGUCGUGGAUGCGAGUGUCUUCCCCGGACAUGUGAGUGGGAAUAUUAUGAGUACAACGUAUGCUGUUGCUGAGAAGGGGGCGGAUUUGAUUAAGGCGGAUGAUGGGAGGUAUUAACCGCGCGUGGUCAUAUGAAACCAUAUGUACGCGGAUACACAUCUUGAUACCUCAGGAACUGAGCUGAACAGGGUACUAAAAGUG